AUGACAGAAGACACUCUCCGGAGCCGGACGGUGCGCUCAGCGGUCACGACAGGACCCAAAGACACCGCAGACGGUGGUGCGGUGGCUCCGAAAGAAGAACCACAUCCAGCCGGGGAAGUCAAGUACGGCACUCUCAGCCAGAUACUUCGUGCUCUUCUCCUCUUGACGUGGUUCAACUGCGGCUGCGUCUCAAUCAACGUGACUCAAUUCCUGGGUGCGCCACUCUAUUGGUGGAACAAAGACUAUUACUAUGCAUACAUGGCCUUGACCAAGCAGUCUUUCGGGGUGAUGGGCAUUGCUGGGACGAGAUGGUUUGCAUCCACCAAAGUCAGAGUGAGUUGGGACAAAGACCUACGGGGACAGUUCUCCAAGAACAAGUCCGGCAGACUGGAAACGUCUUUCCCAGAAAGACUCGUUUACAUCGCCAAUCACCAAGUCUACACCGAAUGGCUGUAUCUCUGGUGGAUAGCCUAUACCAGUCGGAUGCAUGGCCAUAUCUUCAUCAUUUUGAAGGAAUCUCUCAAAUAUGUCCCUGUGCUAGGCCCCGGGAUGAUGUUCUACGGGUUUAUCUUCAUGGCACGUAAAUGGAUCCAGGACAAGCCCCGUCUACAGCAUCGACUAGAGAAGUUGAAGACGCGUCACGGCGGUCCCAUGUCCGGCUCCUCAGGUCUCGACCCAAUGUGGUUGCUGAUAUUCCCAGAGGGAACCAAUCUUGCAAGAAACACGAAGAGGAAAAGCCUCGAAUGGGCCGAGAAGCAAGGCAUCCCUGACAUGAAACACCUCCUCCUUCCCCGAAGUACAGGUCUAUUCUUCUGUCUUCAACAAUUGCAAGGUACAGUCGACUGGGUCUACGAUUGUACCAUUGCAUACGAGGGAACCCCGAAAGGAGGCUUUGCCCCAGAGUUUUUCACAAUCCGCUCGACAUACCUCCAAGGACGCCCGCCAAAGUGUGUCAACAUGCAUUGGCGUCGAUUUGCCGUGUCUUCUAUUCCCCUCUCUGACGCCAAAGAGUUCGAAGCCUGGUUGAUGGAUCGGUGGCGGGAAAAGGACGAGCUCCUCGAACAGUGGUAUGACACUGGUCGAUUCCCUGCCGAUUCCGAUUCCGCGGACACCACCAAAGGCAUCUCGAAGGAAGGAUACAUCGAAACCGAAAUGACCCUCAACAGCUGGAUGGAAAUCGGACAGAUUUUUGUCGUGCUAGCCUCGGUUGCUCUGAUGGCCAACGUGGCGGUGAAGGCACUCGCCAUCUUUAGAGUCUUGAAGUGA